AUGAAUGCUUACGCUAAGGCGUGUGAAAAAGACGCCGACCUCAAAUCCUUUGAUGAGUCCCUUCACGAGGGAACCAACGAAGUCAUAAGCGUACUCGGUGCGGUGACGGAUGAGAAUCAGUUUUUGUCCUUAGACAAACUCUUAGUUGCGUGGAAUUUUCUUCUUAAGAUGAACGAAAAUGUGUUUGAGAAAGAGUAUGACAAAGCUGCGAAGAGACAGAUAGGUUUGGUUUUGUCGUUGGAGAGCAGCAUGCAAGUCAAUAUUAAAGCGAUGGAGACAAUAAGAAUCCAAGUUGAUAGUUUGAGAAUCGUGUUAGAUUCGAUUCACCUAAAUGUGGAUUUUGUACUGGACAGAGAAGAAGAGGAGGAGGCUACAAGACUCGCGAUGCAAGAAAUAAAGAAAGUGGUUGACGAGUUCAGUGUGAAAAUCAAAGAAGUUGGUGAAAACACAGCCAGGUGUAGCCAAUGCAUUGCGACCGGGAGAGUGAUCGUUCUUCAGUACAUCAUCAUCCAGACAAAAUAG